UUCCCUGUGGCCAGCUGGGAAGAGCAGCAUGUGGGUGGGUCGCAGAUGAGUGUCUCUCCAGUGCAGCAGGUGCUGAAAAUGAAGACGAUGAUGAUUUUCACCAUGCUUUUCCCCUAGCGCUAUAUACUUUUCAUUGGGACCUGCUCAAACUCCCUAUUGGUUGUUCCUGCUUGUGACACUAUUAGCACUGGUUGGAGCAUGCUAAUUAGGCAUCAGUGUUGCAUAUUAAUCUGCUGUUAAGUCUCUGUGCACAUGUAUAAUUGGAUAGUAUUUAUUGAGUAUUUAAAUGACUAUUGUCUACUUUGUUGUGCACUAUGCUUGGUUUUCUCUAGUAUAAACUAAAAUCUGCAAAAUGAGAAGUGAAGGAAAGAGGUGUUUCUAACACCAGUAGUUGCUUCUCAUGAGAACUUGCCAUAACACCGAUAUCAGUGUUUUGCAGGUACGAGGCCAUGAGACCAACAGCACCAGAAUAACAGCAUGGGAACGCAAGGGAAAACUGCCACAGAGGCUCUGGAAAAACUGCCACAGCAGCUUAGACGCCUCCACCUCAAUAAGAAAGCAAUAGACAAACAACUAUAUAGCAAGCCCCCUGGUGUUUCACUUCUAAAGCCAUUAAAAGGUGUGGAUCCUAAUCUGAUCAACAAUUUAGAAACCUUCUUUGAGCUGGAUUAUCCCCAAUAUGAAGUACUGCUCUGUGUACAAGAUCAUGAUGAUCCAGCUAUUGAAGUGUGCAAAAAGCUCCUUGGCAAAUACCCAAAUGUUGAUGCUAGACUGUUCAUAGGUGGUAAGAAGGUUGGUAUUAACCCCAAGAUUAAUAACUUAAUGCCAGGAUAUGAAGCUGCCAAAUAUGAUCUCAUAUGGAUUUGUGAUAGUGGAAUCAGAGUAAUACCAGACACGCUGACAGAUAUGGCCAAUCAGAUGACUGAAAAAGUAGGCUUGGUCCAUGGAUUGCCUUAUGUAGCAGACAGACAGGGUUUUGCUGCUACUCUUGAACAGGUUUAUUUUGGCACUUCUCAUCCAAGGUCAUAUAUUUCAGCUAAUGUAACUGGCUUCAAAUGUGUAACGGGAAUGUCUUGCUUGAUGAGAAAGGAUGUUUUGGACCAAGCUGGAGGACUGAUAGCUUUUGCACAGUAUAUUGCUGAAGAUUAUUUUAUGGCCAAAGCUAUAGCUGACCGGGGCUGGAAACUUGCGAUGGCCACACAAGUUGCCAUGCAAAACUCUGGUUCAUAUUCUAUUUCUCAAUUUCAGUCCAGAAUGAUCAGAUGGGCUAAGCUGCGAAUUAACAUGUUGCCUGCUACAAUAAUUUGUGAGCCAAUCUCAGAGUGCUUUGUUGCCAGUCUAAUUAUUGGAUGGGCAGCUCAUCAUGUUUUCAGAUGGGAUAUAAUGGUAUUUUUCAUGUGUCACUGUUUGGCAUGGUUUAUAUUUGACUACAUUCAACUAAGAGGUGUUCAGGGUGGUGCUUUAUGUUUUUCAAAACUCGAUUACGCAGUAGCUUGGUUCAUCAGAGAAUCCAUGACAGUAUAUAUUUUUCUAUCUGCCUUGUGGGACCCCACUAUUAGCUGGAGAACAGGACGCUACAGAUUACGUUGUGGAGGCACCGCAGAAGAAAUCCUUGAUGUAUAGCCACAGCUUUCUGACUGUAAAUGUGAACAUUUUCACAUUCAAGAGGAAAAAGUAUUAAAAAUUAUGUUUUAUAUCAACACUUUUGGAAGAAAAAAAACCCUACCUUCAAUAGUUUUUUGCAUGGCUCUUGCAUCUGUGAAAAAUACAUCUGUAGUCUUGGCCAAGCAGUACCUUGCUCUUCUGUACAAAAGGAAAGUGAGAGAAUCCAUUUUACAUAUGAAUGCUCUGCAGUAAACUCUAAAAAGACAGUAUCAUCCAAGAUAGGAACAGCUUCUUACUUCAUGGUAUGUUAGCCUAGUAAACCCAGGGGUCAAAUGGCCAUUGGUGCAGCGGGAUUGCAUGAGGCUAGACCUAGUAAAAUCACAGUAAAACUACAACUGACUUCUGUAAUAUCUUAAAAGAUUGAGCUAGUAACAAGACAGGGGGAGGGGGCUCUCAAAUGCCUUAUGCCUACUUCUUGUAGUUGCUGCAGAGCAAAAUGAAUGGGUAGGUAACUAGGCCUUGCAAAAUCAAAAACUAAACUAAAGCUGGAGUCUAUAUGAAAUAUUUUUGUCUACUUUCAAUGAACCAAAAUGGACUGAGUUUGAUUGGGUCAGUUGGAGGGAGUGUUGAGGGCAUCUUUUGCUCAACUCUAAUCUUGUUCUGUCUUGAACCCUGUUAAUCACUGUGCUGUAAUUAGCUUAGUUGGUCCCCUUCACUAUUCCCAUCUGUUUUUUAAGGGAGUGGUUCUGUUUUUUGUGUGAGUGAAUGUUUUGAUAGGGGAGUGUGUGUGUAUUUGUGUGGGGUGGGGAGCAGGAAUACAUUUCAGAAACAUUUCACACAAACUAUUUUCUUACACAAUGUCUUAUUGUUAAUAAGAAUGUAAUUUCAUGAUAGUCUAGUCUUUAAAUUGGAUUUUUGUAUUCCAGUGGUAUGACCAAAAGGACUAGACUAUAACCAAGAUGUAAAUGCAUGAUGCAUUCUAUCCCUCUCUGCUCCUUGUAGCUUGUUUUGCAACCUCAUUGUAAGACUGUUCUUGUGGUGAACUGGACUUGUGUGGGUUUUUAUUUUGUUUAAACUUUUUUAAAAAUUUAAAGAAAACAACAUGGAAAGCAAAGUUAGAGGGGGAUGUCCCAUAAGCCUUUUGUUUUUGCAAUUAUAUUUAUGCUGUACUUUUUUUUUUCUUCUUCAGAAUGGAUUGUCACCAUGAAUGAUCUGCUAAUUGCAGGGCUAACAAUGCUGAUCUGGCAUCUUUUAAAAGUUGGACAACACCUUUAUGUUAAAGCAUAAUGUGUAGCAUAUUAGCAAUAAUGAUAUGUAUUUAUAAAAAUUGAUAUUUUUCACCUUAUUGAGCCAAUCCAUUAACCUUACAUUUGAUACACACACAUGUAAUGCUUUUGGUGUAAGUUCCAUUCUUUUCAUGUGAAUCAGGAGGACACUUUCUUCCUGAGGAAAGCUGCACACUGAGAGCCAAUCUAGUUGUGACCCAAUGAAAGGUUUUGCUCUUAAUAUCAGUUCUGUAUAGCUGAAUUUUGCUGACAAUAUUUGUUUUUUCAUUUGUUUCAUGAAGUUUGAUGCCAUUCACUGUGCUGCUAAUGUGAAGCCUAGCUUGUAACUUAACUUUAUGCCGAUUUCUAUGCAGGCAGUAUAACAGAAAAUUUUAAAAGGCUGAACAGACUUCAUUUAAAAAAAAAAGUUCUGUAGUUAAGGAUAAUCAUUGUCUUGAUGGGUGCUUUUGCAUUAGUGGAGCUUUCUUUAGUUAAGAAAACUGAAGCUUCACCUAUGUAAAUAGCUUGAUUUUAUGUACUGUUUGGUUGAUUAUGAAUUGGAAGCAAUACUGUCAAAUCUUGUAGAAGCUGCUGCAACAGAAUUGCAUAAGUAAAAAUGGCUAAUUUUAAAAAGUCAUAUUGAUCAACGGAUGUGUGGAAUAUACCAUGUUUAUUUAAAAUCAUUGCCUUUUUGUUUAAAAAUAAAUUUUGAUUAGUGUUUGGAA